AUGAUCCACUUGAAUCAUCGCUCUCCGGUUCUGAUUGUUUGGAGUGUGAUAUUCUUCUUCGUUGCUGCAGUAGCUGUUGUACUUCGACUUGCCUCCACACAUAUUCGACGUCGGGGGUUGAAGAUUCAUGAUUACCUUAUUUUCUUCUCACUGGUGCUACUGACCGGCUAUGUGGUGGAUAUGUUGAUUGGAGCUACUACCUCUGGCUAUGGCGGGCAUACGGCUACUAUGGCUGUAGUGCAACCCGGGAGAGUUGUCUGUUUUAGGCUCGCCAUACUCCUUUUAUAUCUGGAGAUCUUCCCGGGCAAUCAGAAGUUCUUCUGGAGUGCAACCGGGGUGGGAUGUCUUGUCUUCCUAUACUGGGUAUCAUCGGUAUUGACCAUCGCGUUGCUCUGUCGCCCGGUCGCCUACAACUGGGAUCGCACCAUCCCAGGGAGCUGUGGGGAUAUUUUGAAGAUACAGUAUGCAUCUGCAGGGUUCAAUAUGGGAAUUGAUUUGGGAGUUGUGUUGCUGCCGCUCCCUAUUGUUUGGCGGCUGCAAAUGUCGAGUCGCAAAAAGACUGGUGUCACUGCUUCUUUCGCGAUAGGCAUCCUAACGGCCGGUAUCAAUCUGGGCCGCAUUAUUCAGACCAAGUUGUGUCCAGCUGACGACCUAAUCUACUGCCUCAGAGACUCCUCUAUUUUUAUCAUGGCAGAAAUGACAGCAGGAAUCUUGGUGGCUUGUGUUCCAACAUUUGGGCCCUUAUUGUUUCGCAGGCGAAACACACAUCCAGCGCAACCACGCGAUUUGCCCACAAUUGGGUCAAUUAGAAUCCGCCGUCGGCCUGCGAAAUUCGAUUCUCUCCUUUCUACUCUCGAUCGCAGUCACUAUGACGAAGAACGAGACCAUACAAAGGAAUUGGAGUAUGUGGGUGCGCCCACAGCACAUGCUGGGACUGGGACUGAGAAUGAAGCCCCAGAGACUGGCAUUUUAGUAACACACGACCUCGAUGUGCAUAGUCUGAAUGUUCUGCCUCGAGUAUCUGAGACUUCGACUGUUUGA